CAAUACCACACAUACACAUGCAGACUCAACAUCGAGUAGCAGUCUAAAGCAGCGUGCAAUGAGCGUCCACCGGAAGGUGAGUGGUUUAUCCGAACAAGACGUCACCGUGCAGAAGCUGCGAGAAGAAGUGCAACUGAGAAAAGCAGAAACAGAGUUGGCGCGCAGCCAGUUACGCUGUGUGCUCGUUCUUGUCAAAGAGGCGUGGCAAGGAGACGAAAUGGCAAUGCGGCACGUGUCGAACAUAGCAGGCGUGCAGCCACCGCUUAGCACUCACGUCGUUACCCAGAUGCAAAGAGAAAUCGAAGCAGUGCAAGACAGAGAAGAACUAGAGGAGCCUGCAGUUGGUGUUUACAACAAGUGUUACGUUGUGGAUAACGCUCCAACCAACGAGCAAGAACUGCAACACUCAAGAUUGCAGGCGACCGUCGAGUAUCUGGAAGCACAGCUGCAACGGGAUCGGCACUGGCGAGCAGGAAUGACGGAUCAGAGGCACGAGAGCAGUCGUAAUAGUCCAUGUGCUUUUUCCAGAUGGGAUUACCAGUCGUCAUCACCUCUAAAGAAGCUGAAGCAGUCCCUGCCUACCGAGCCUCCGCUCAUUCACAGAGCAUUCUCAGAUACUGAACUAGCAACAACAUCGACAGCAGACUUCAUCAGAGUUCUUCGUAACACAACUCCUGAUAUUUCGAGAAAUCAAAUACCUACCGCAUCCGUUGACACCAAGAAACAAGCUGGUACAACACAACUGAAAAGCAAUUCCACGUCAACUUGCCAGGCAAGAGCAGAGCCCAAACCUGCAGUUUCACCUAAUCAAGCGCAAGCUCGUGCCGUGAGAUUCAGGAUUCCGCACACUGAGCCAGCUACAUUGCUAAUAGCAAAACGACGGUCACAAAGGGAACAGGCACAAAGUCAGCCAGUUGCAAAGUCAGUCAGUCCAACAAAAACUAUCGCAAUAAACAAAAAACAAUCAUAUAACCCAUGGCAACUUCCUCAAUGUUAUGUAACCGAAUGCCCAGCAGUAGCUUGGGCAAGAUCUGACAAAGAAAUGAAAGCGACAAGACUUUUGCAGAGAAGACUUGGUAUUGGUCCAGAAGGAAUGGUUUAAUUAAUUAAUCACUUUAUUUUGGAGAAAUUUAAAACUUGUCUCAAAUUUGAGAGAUCUAAGACUCUUGAAGCUAAUAAUUAAUUACAACAUAUUGUCUGU